AUGGAAAUGGAAUGGAAUGAAAUUGGAUCAUUAUCGUCCAGCAGCUUGGAACCUCCACCUACCCGAAAUGAAGAUAAGGAAGACGAUAUCAACGAUGGCGCCCCUGGCAAUAAUAAUGGUGCUGAGAAUCCUCAUACUGAAGAAAAUGAUGCAACAUCGGACGGACCUGCGCCUAACAGCGUUCCGAGUGAAAACACUAGCAAAGCACCGAAUGGCGUAUCGAAUGAAAGGGAUCCUGGCCGGGAACGAUUCAAGCAGAAAGAUGUUGUUCGGGCAUAUCAAUGUCUGCUCUGUAUGGCGUUGAUUGCUUUAGCAGCCUUUGGAUCGUAUUUUGCUUUGAGAAGAAGCGAGGACGCUUCAGCAGAUGCAAAUGGGAACAUGACGAUUACUUCAUCUCCGUUUCACCCGCCCUCGGUAGACGAUUGUGCUGCCAUUGCGAAAGGAGAGACGAUACGAGGACAGGAAAUGAUGCCCAUACAAAGCUACCAGCUGAACCUGGAUGCUACUCCUUUUGUUCCUAUGGUUUCGAGUUUCUCAGCUGGCAUUAUUGAGGAUAAACUCAGCGAGAUUCUUACUCCUGUGCUCACAGGAUGCAACCGAGUUGUCCGAAGAAGCUUGCGCCAUGAGCAGUUGGUGCAUUAUCCCCGCCAUCUUGAUGAUAAUGAUUUAUCAUUCUCGUAUGCAAUCGGAAAUGUGGCGAUUGAUGCGAUCGGCGUCGAGGGGGCGCCUUAUUGCAUGGGUGACUCUGAUCUGCGGUGUCAUCGAGUCAGUGUCGUACUUGAUAUCUUUACAAAGGAUUCAUCAGUGAAGGUCGUGGAUGUGAUUGGUGAACUCAGCUCCUUUUUUGGCGACGGUGUUAUUGCCGAAAAACUUGAAUUGACUGGACUUUAUGAAAGCAUUGUUGUUGUGAAUUUGGGACCCAUGGAUAUAACAGAAUCUCCGAGUACCAGCGAUGCGUCUCCUUCGGAACCGACAUUCCCACCAACAGUUGCUUCUCCAACAGCAAAGGUAACCCCAGAGCCAACUCAUCUACACACAUUCUCUCCGACGGUAGAAGAAACUCCUUGGCCGCCUUCUAUUCCAACUCCACUACCAACUCGACCUCAAACCCCGAGGCCAACCCCUUCGCCAACACCAGCCCACAUAGCCCCAUCGACACCUCCGUUCGCUUUCGAAACCCUUCAGCCAUCUUCAAGUCCAUUAUGGGUCCCAACACAAGCACCGGUGGCGGGGCCAACUCCUACUCCGGCACCAACUUCAACUCCCGAAACCCUUCAGCCAACUUCAAGUCCAUCAUGGAUCCCGAGCAUGGCGCCGAUCGUAGACCCCACUCUGGCACCAACACCAGCACCAUCGUUCGCUCCCAUGCCAGGCAAAACUCCUUUGCCGACAACUACGACGACCACGCCGCUAUCACCAACAAUGCCAUGUUUUCAAACCAGCGAAGAGCUCGCAGGUGCAGUUCGCAGCUGGUUUGAGGCUCAGCACAUAAAGGCAUCAGUCAAGGCCCAAUAUGGACCCAUGGGAGAUUGGUGCUUCGGUGCACGUGUCACCAGCAUGCGACUACUUUUCCAGGGCCGCUCUGCUUACAAUGACGAUUAUAAUAGAUAUGAUGAGGAGGUUGUUAUUGAAAACUGGGAUGUUUCUUCGGUAACUGACAUGUAUGGGAUGUUCUGGCAAGCCACUUUCUACGAACAAGAUUUGUCAUCCUGGGAUGUUUCUUCCGUCACUGAUAUGGGGUACAUGUUCAGGGAAGCAACGGGCAUCAAUCCAGACUUAUCAUCCUGGGAUGUUUCUUCUGUUACGAAUAUGGGGUACAUGUUCCACCUCGCGUAUUCCUUCAAUCAAGACUUGUCAUCAUGGGACGUUUCAUCCGUCACAAAAAUGAAUGCGAUGUUUGAUGGGGCACUUUCGUUUAACCAAGACAUAUCAUCAUGGGACGUCUCUUCCGUCAAGGACAUGCAUUGGAUGUUCCGCAAUGCAGGCUCCUUCAAUCAAGACAUAUCAUCAUGGGAUGUUUCUUCUGUAACUGAUAUGCACGGAAUGUUCUGGAAAGCAUCUGCUUUCAGGCAAGGCUUGGCAUUAUGGGAUGUUUCUUCUGUCACCAAUGCUUUCAGGCAAGGCUUGGCAUCAUGGGAUGUUUCUUCUGUCACCAAUAUGGCAGGGAUGUUUCAUGCUACGGUCUUCAACCAAGACAUUUCAUCGUGGGAUGUGUCUUCCGUAUCCAACAUGGGGCAAAUGUUUCAGAGCGCACCAGCCUUUAAUCAAGACUUGUCAUCGUGGGAUGUUUCUUCCGUCACUACUAUGCAAUCUAUGUUCCACAAUGCUAGGUAUUUCAAUCAAGACUUGUCAGGAUGGGACGUUUCUUCUGUCACGAAUAUGGAUGUCAUGUUCACUGGGGCAGAAUCCUUCAAUGGAGACAUAUCAUCAUGGGACGUUUCUUCCGUCACCAAUAUGUGGCACAUGUUCUCCAGGGCGGAAUCUUUCAACCAAGAUAUUUCAUCAUGGAAUGUUUCUUCCCUUGGAAGCCUUUCUUCAAUCGGCAGCAUGUUCAACGGAGCAACAUCGUUCAAUCAAAACCUUUGUCCAUGGGGCUCGCGCAUUCCGAGCGGUAAUUUUGAUUUCAACAACCGUAUCAGCAUCGUUGUGUUUUCUGACACGCGAUGCUCUCGACGGGAUCGAACAGUCAUGCCUGCCAAUCCACCCGGUCCCUUUUGCUACGAGUGUGAAUAG